AUGUCUUCUUGGAUGAAUAUGGAGAAGUUCCUCAGAGAAUAUGUUUACCAGGUCGAGACAGACUUUAGUGUUGAUGGCGAAUCCGCAUCAUGGGCGCCUACUCGGGAUAGACCAGCCCAUCGCUUCUGGGACGACGAGGACGACAAGAUCGACUUGAGAUUCUCGAACAAUGAGUCGUCUAGAUUGAGCAGCUUCGCUGUAAGUCAUGACGAGAAAUAUGUUGCCUACUCCGAUGGUUCCAUCGUUGGUGUGUCCAAUAUCGAGACCAGAGCACAACGCACGCUGUUUAGAGGACUCACACUCCCCUGUGUCAACCUUAUGUUCUCCCCUGCUCUGAACGAGUCUGGUGGCUACACCCUGCUUCUUCUGCAAAGCUCUCUGUAUCCCGUGAUGUCUGAGAUGAACGACUUCCUCAAUAUUGGGCCAGAGUCUCCACUUCUGGAAAUGGUUCGUCAAGGCUAUUUGAAGACACUCGAGAAGUUGAGGGCGAGUGUAGAGUCCAGAAACCUGCCUAAUAUCCCAGGCUGUACCAGCGGCUUUGGCUCCAAUCCAUCCACCUCGGACGGUCGGUUGUUUCUUUACCUCAUACAGAACGAGACUACUCAAUCUGGCUCUCGUCCUGCGGCUGAACUACCAAAGGUCAUUGUCCAUGAUGUCGUCAACAAUCGCCUGCUUCAUACUCUGAGUGGCCACGAAGACGCCAUCAUGUGGACCGCGUUUAGCCCAAACGACCAGUACAUCGCCACCGCAGCCUGGGAUGGCACAUUCAGAAUCUACAAUGUGUCCUCGGGUGACUGUAAGCACAUCAUUGGACCCACAGGAGGACAAUGCUGGAGUGGAGCCUGGUCACCUGACUCCAAGCAUAUCCUGCUCUCCGGCAUGACCGACGAAGGCGAAGGUGAAGGCUUUCGUAACAACACUUUCGUGGCCGUCUACUCGGUAGAAACGGCGCAGCAGAUCAAUCGAUUCAAGCACGAACGUCUCCGCAGUUGGGUAAGAUGUGUAGCUUGGUCGCCUAAAGGUGACAUCGCCAUUGUCCACGAGACCAACCUCUGGAUCUGGGAUCCUUUCGAGAACGAGAUCGUCAGCGAGUUCUCGCUAAAGAUCGAUGAUCGUAUGAUGGGAGGUUUUGCUGGUUUCCGAAAAGUCCAAUGGGUAAACAAUGGGGAUGUGCUCAUUGUUCGUGCUGGUGAUGGCACGGUUGAGGUGUGGGACCGAGUUGGCAACACUAAAUACCGAUUGCAGAGACCCAAAGGAUCUGGUAUAGAGCGAGACAUAAGAGCUGUACAGUGGAUACAGAAAGACAAGACGUUGAGGACUCUAAGUAGUGACGGCUUCAUGAGGAUGUACCGAUUCGCUUAG